AUGUCCGGCUCACUGAUGCCUGUGGCACAACCUUCGAACACCCCAAAUCCGUUCGCUGAACGUGGAGGUGCGAGCGCGCCACCAGCGCAGUAUGCAGCGUCUGGGUAUGAUGAGACUAUCAUCACGAACCCGCUCGAUGAGCAACAACAACUGCUUGUUCAAAGAGAAGAAAACGCUCAGCGUCAUGUACAAAUGGCUACAACCCUUGGACGCCAGCGUGACUAUGUGUUCACCCCACCCAGUGUGGAGGAACGUCUACGUCAAGCUGCCGGCCAAACAUUGGCAACGUGGGUCAUUGGCCAUGAGCCUAAGACUCCUGAGGAGGUGGUGAGCUGCCAGGCACUUCGCGAGAGGUACCUGGAGCCGCACCUAACGACUCAAAGUCAAUACAAGGCACGUCUUGACAUGCAAGCGCGUGGUACACCGGUUCCACCGAUCAAGGGUAUACCCAUUCUCUUGUUCGCAGGAGAAAUCGUGAGCGAAGAAGACGAUGCCUUUGUUCACUGGACGCACUAUGUGCGUCGCCUCAGCAACAUUUUUGCUCUAAGGGCUAGUGCCAGUGUGGCUGACGUGCGUCUUGAACGCAAGCUUCGGUAUGAUUAUGCCAAGCUUAAGGCCAGAGGCCAAUUGCGCAAGCGCACGCGCUAUGCUUCGGCUACUAAGGUAGCCGCGAGUGCUGGUCAGUCUGUGGCCGACAACCCUAAAUCCGCACCACUAGUGGUGGGGAACGGCCUCGGCCUCGAGACGACCAUGGCCACGAUGCUCAAAAGCCUCCAAAGCAUAUGGGCAGUCUUGCCGAAGGGGUACCUCAAAUUCCCAUGA